UUGUGUUGACCAAAUAUUAAAAAAAGAAGUAAAAUAAUAAUUUGUUUGAAUUAGACAGAUCUAAUCUACUCCUAUUAGCGAAAAAUAAUUUAAAGAUUUCGCCGCCGUGUUCCCUCCGUCGUCCUCAUCGGAGAAUCUCUCUCUCUGAAACAAAGAUCUGAGAGUUUGUUUGUUCUAUCAAGAACUGAGGAAGGUUCAAGCACAUGAUAUUUUGAUAUCUUUCUGUCUGAUAGGAAGACCAUGGCACGAGCUUCACCGUUACUGAUGAUAUGUUUGGUUCUUGGUUCUUCCUUUGCUACUUAUAAUUUGGUGACAAUGAUAAUCCACUAUGGAUCGGCAGAUAGUUUAGCUACCGAGGAUGGUGGAUUGUUUUUUGACCCUAUCGUUGAGAUGCCUGAACAUGUGAAGAACACAAAAACAUCUAAAGCACCGUUUCAUAUUGCGUUGACUGCAACUGAUGCCAUCUACAACAAAUGGCAAUGCCGUAUCAUGUACUACUGGUAUAAGAAGCAAAGGAGUCUACCUGGAUCAGAGAUGGGAGGAUUCACUAGAAUUUUACAUUCUGGAAAGGCUGACAACUUGAUGGAUGAAAUUCCUACUGUUGUUGUUGAUCCACUUCCGGAAGGUCUAGACCGGGGAUACGUCGUUCUGAAUAGACCAUGGGCCUUUGUUCAGUGGCUGGAAAAGGCUAACAUAGAAGAAGAAUAUAUUUUAAUGGCAGAACCUGAUCACGUAUUUGUACGCCCUCUUCCCAAUCUGGCAUUUGGAGAAAAUCCAGCUGCUUUUCCAUUUUUCUACAUUAAGCCUAAAGAAAAUGAAAAAAUCGUAAGGAAGUAUUAUCCUGAGGAGAAUGGACCGGUUACAAAUGUUGAUCCGAUUGGCAAUUCUCCUGUAAUUAUCAGAAAGGAUUUGAUUGCCAAAAUUGCUCCCACAUGGAUGAAUAUUUCUAUGAAGAUGAAAGAGGACCCGGAGACCGAUAAAGCUUUUGGAUGGGUGCUGGAAAUGUAUGGUUAUGCUGUUGCAUCUGCCCUGCAUGGCGUGAGACAUAUUCUGCGAAAAGAUUUCAUGCUACAGCCCCCAUGGGAUACCGAAACUUUCAAUAAGUACAUUAUUCAUUAUACUUACGGGUGUGACUACAAUCUAAAGGGUGAAUUGACUUACGGUAAAAUUGGUGAGUGGAGAUUUGACAAAAGAUCACAUCUGCGAGGACCACCACCAAGAAACUUGCCAUUACCCCCUCCAGGUGUUCCUGAAAGUGUGGCGACUCUUGUAAAGAUGGUGAAUGAGGCUUCUGCUAACAUCCCCAACUGGGAUACAUUGUAAAUAUAUUUUUUUUCUUUCUAUUCAUCAUGAUAUUUGAAGUACAUGUUUUUCCAGUUACAGAAAAAGUGUAGACAUCGAGGCAAUAAUUUAUAUUUUUCUCGUGUGUUUAGUCAUAGAAUCAUAGAUCAAUUUGCACCAAAUACCUCACUAUACACCUUUUAAUACAACUAUUUAAAUGAAGGAUUAUAUCUUGUUUU